AGUCUUCAAGGGAAGAAUUUACCUCUAAACAGAAAGAUGGAAACUAAAGUUCAUUUAUUUUGCCAGGGGGAAGAAAAUACUGAUUCAUCAGAUGAUGACUGUAAUUCUUUUGCAUCUGACUUAUUAUCAAGAGAUAUUGACAGCAAAAAGUACAUCAGGUUUUCUAAAAGAACAGAGAAGAGAAUUUCACCUGAAAUUAGGGGUUUGAGCCCAAUCCACACAAAAAAGUAUGAGACAUCAAUGUUCCUACUCGGAGAAGAAAAAUCCUCUGACUUUUCAGGAGGAAAAAAAGGCAGGAGGAAGAAGAGUUUACAAGUACAAUUUCAUACUAGAAGAACUGAGGUUGCUCCUUUGUCUGUGAAGGAGAAGAUGACUAGAAAAGAAAGCUCUUUAUGCAAGUUGCCAAGUCAGUACAGCAUUCACAAGACUUUGUCACCUCUUGAUAAGUCUUCCUCAGUUAUUCGGAAAGAUGAAAAACUUUCUAAUCUUUACCAGACACUAUAUGAUGAAGUACCUGAAGGACGCUUUUACUCAGAAGAAUUAAGCGCACUUCAGAAAGCCUGUAAAAUUUUUAGUAAAAUUCGAGGUGGUAAGAUUUAUGUGAAUGAUCUGCCAAUGAUCCAUCGCAUCUUGAAGAUCUCUAUAAGUGACACAGAAAUGCGAAAGGCACUGAAGACUAUUGAUAUUGAUGCAUUUCAGAAUGCCUUGAAGAUUUUUCACAGGAUAAAAGGUGGUCAAGUUUCAGUUUCUGAAGUGGAUGAAGUGUUGGAUAGCAUGGAUAUCUUGGUAGUCCCUGAAACUUUGCAGGAAGUGGUAAAAUAUGCUAAUAUCAACAGUAAUCAAAUGGUGGAUAUUGGGGAUAUUAUAUUUACUUUGGAUGAACUACAGCAAGAGUAUGAGAAUAUUUCAAUUAUGGAAGGAGCAGCCUCGGAUGAAGCUACUUCAAGAAAGUUAUCAAAUGUGUCAGGAUGCUAUCCACAAUCUAGGAAGAAAAGCAUUUUAGCUUCUGGACUGUCUGAAUCAUCAUUAUUCCAAAAAUUAAAUACAAAGAGCCUCCAAAAUCAUAAAAUUAUGAGUGAGAAUGAUGACUAUGAAUUUAAAAGACAAAAAAAUAUUUCGCAAAUAAGAAGAUUCCAGGAUGAGGUUGAUAGCGGUGAUAUAGAGUUCCAGGAACCAUAUUCAAAGGAUGGCAUGAACUUUAAGAAAAGUUCAGAGAAAGUUGAAAUUCAUGACUCAAAGUCUAAACCACAAGACUUGAAGCGUGUUUCAGGCCUCAAAAAGACUCUGGAUAAAAGUGAUAUUUUUAGUAUCCCAAAACUUCAGAAGCCAGCUGUGAGAAGGAGCUUUAGCCUUCUAAAACAAGUUUCAUCUAAGGAAAAAACUGCAGUUAAUGCUCUGGGAAGUGUCUGUGAAACUAUCAAAAAACUCCAAGAAAAUUACAUUGAUGCAGAAGAACUCCAGUCCAUUUUGCCUUCAAUAGGAAUUACUUUAUCAGAUAAAGAGUUCAAGAAGAUUGUGACUGACACUGCUAGAAAUGAAAAUGGAAUGGUGAAAUUAGAUGAUUUUGUGAGUGCUGUCUCUAAAGAGCAAACUCUUCCUGAAUAUGACGUGUUGACUGAUGUCAUUAAAGCUAUUGAUAAAAUUAAAGAUGAAAAUAUUGAUUAUGGGGAUCUGAACACUUGUCUUCAAAAUUUAGGAGUUUACCUUUCUAAGCCAGAAUUUCAGAAGAUCACAGAGUUGACUGAAGUUGGUGAAACAAAAAAAGUGAAUUUUAAACAAUUUGUUGAUACUAUGAUGAGCAACACGGAACGCUUCUCUGAAAAAUUAGUAUUGCCUGAUACUGUUGAAAACUUCCACAAUCUCAGCAAAGAAAAGAUGAGUGCUCCUGACCUGUGGAAUACUCUGUCUAAUUUGAACAGUAAUUUAAACAAAGAUGAAUUCCUGACUGCACUGAAAUUGGCAAUAGCUGAUGAAGGUGACAAAGUACAAAUUGAAGAAUUUGCAAAAGUGGUAAAGGAAAUGCAUGAUACCUCCAAGUUAGAAGAAUCACAGGAGACUGUCUUAGCUGUUGAUUUGCCUGAAGAUGACAUGAUACCUGGGAAGAACUUGGAAGGUUUUCUAGGAGAUAUUGGAAUUAAGUCACCUAAAGAAGAGGUAGAGAAAAUCCUUCAGUCAGAUUUUGUUUCUGAAGACAACAUGGUUAAUGUUAAAGACUAUAUGAAGACUCUGAGUGACACCCAGAAAUUUUCCAAUUUUAUUGGAACAGAAGAUCCUUGGAUAAUUGUUAAUAGUGUCUCUGAGGAGAAAGUUGCAGUUAAAGACUUUUUACCUACCUUGGAGAAACCUUUGAGUAAAGAACAACUUAGAAACUCUACAACAGAUGAUUUAUAUAAAGAGAUUACAACUCUUGAAAAGAUCAGAAAUGAUAAGAUGCCUAUAAAUAAACUGAGCUCCCAACUCUUGGGUGCUGGAGUUCCUUUAAGCAACAAGGCAUUCCAGGAGAUUCUGAAUGAAACAUCUACUGAUGAAACUGGUGAAGUAAAUCUCAAACAAAUUUUGGAAACUUUUAACACGAGUAAGCCAGUUUCUGAAUUUAAAGAUAUACACACUGCUCUCAAUACUGUCAGCUUGAUGAACUGCAACAGAAUUCAAGCUAAUGACUUAAAAGAUGCUUUUGAUGAACUCAGUAUUUCUGUAAAGCCUGAAGAACAUCAGAUGUUAGAGAAAACCCUUGACAUUGAUGAAAAGGGGCAUGUUUCCCUGAAGUCUGCCCUAUUAGCAUUGAAGAGCAAUAAGCGUUUUCAAGAUUUUAGGGAGGUUCAUAAACUUGCAAAUGCCUUAGACAAAGUCACCAAUGAAAAAGUUGAUGUUGAUGAUAUACAAGCUAUACUGAGUGGCCUGGGGGUUUAUUUUCCAGAAGAAGAAUUACAAGAGAUGCUUUCAUCAGUUUCUGUUGAUAAUGAAGGAAAAGUGGACUUAAAAGAUUUCCUGAUUAGGUUGUCACAAACUCCAUAUUUUACAAAAGGUUCAAAACUAAAAGGUCCCAUGAAAGCCCUGGCCUCCAUUAGGAAAAAUAUGGCCAAUCCUGAUGACCUAGGUUCCAUGAUGAAAAAUAUAGGAGUUCCAUUACCCCAAGAUGUGAUUCAAAGUGUACUGAAGAAUGUGACUAUCAUGGAUAAUGGGAUGGUGAAUUUAGAAGAGUUUAUGGGCAAUUUGGUCAAUUCAGGAUUUUCAUCUCCAUCUGAAAAAAAAAUCGAGAUCAGUAACCUGGAUAAUUUCAUGGAUGAUAUGGGAAUUGAACCUACAUAUAAAGAACAUAAAGAGCUGGUAAAUCAUCUCCCAGCUAGUGCUGAUGAGAAGAUAAAUCAGCUCAAAUUGAUGGAUACCAUGACUACUCUUGAAGCUGAGAGAAAAAUAAAUCAAAUGAGACAAACAGAUACCAUGGAGGCUCUUAAAGGAGAGAUGGUAAAUAUCAGAGACCUGGACAGCAUACUAGGAAACAUGGGCAUUGAACUCACCAAAGAAGAACUUGGAGAGCUGAGAAGAAACCUUCCCGUUAAUGCUCAAGGGAAGACUGAUCUGAAAACACUGAUGGAUACAGUACAAGUUAUUACAGGAGGAGAAGUUGACCUCAGUGACUUGGAUAAUGUCAUGCAAAAUAUGGGAAUAGAGCCCACACCUAAAGAAUACUUGGAGCUAGUGAAUUUACUUCCAGUUUAUGCUACAUCUGAUGGAAAAAUAUAUAAGAAUAGGUUGUUGAACUGUGUGAAAGCUACAAAAGGAUUGCAAGUUGGUGUUCAGGAUCUUGAUGCUAUUCUUGGAAACAUGACAGUCAAACUCACAGCUGAGGAACCUAUUGACCUAACUCCAUAUAUACCAGUUGAUGAAGGAGAGGUUGUUGUCAAUGACAUGAAAAAAGUUCCUGGAAACAUGGGAAUAGAACUCAAAGAAAAGGAACAUGAGUUGGUGAACAACGUGCCAAUUAAUGGAGGGAAGGUUAACGUGAGUACUUUGGACAGCAUUCUGGGGGAAAUGAGAAUUAAACUCAUAGAAAAGGAAAAGGAAAAACUGACAGAAAACCUGCUAGCUAAUGGAAAAAAGGUUGAUGUCGAUGACCUUCCAAAUCUUCUUAGGGACAAGGGAAUUGAGCUGACAGAUAAGGAAUGCUCAGAGCUGAAGAAAAUCCUACCAAUCAAUGCUAAUGGGCAGGUGUUUCAAAAUAGGGUUUUGGAUGAAGUAAAGUCUCUCAAAGGCGGGAUGAUUAAUGUCGAUGAUCUGAACAAAGUUCUUGGAAACAUGGGAAUUAAGCUCACAGAAAAAGAACAUGAAGAUCUGAUAGCUAAUCUUCCAGUUGAUGCUAAUGGAAAGAUUGUUCUCAAUAAGCUAAUGGAUGGAGUAAAAACUGUUAUAGGGGAGGACAUUGAUAUCUCUAACACAGAAGGCGUUCUGGAAAACAUGGGGAUACAAUUUUCAGAUAAGGAACAUUUGGAGUUAUUGAAAAAGUUAUCAGUUGAUGGAGGGAAAAUUGAUGUUGGUAAACUGGACACAGUUCUGGGAAACAUGGGGAUGAAUCUCACAGAAAAGGAACUUAAAGAUCUGACACAGAGCCUGCAAACUGAUGUUGAUGGGAAAGUUGAUAUGAAAAAGGUAAUGGAUGAAGUGAAAGCAUUCACAGGUGAAAAUAUCAAUAUCAAUAAUGUGGAAAAUGUGCUGAGUGAUAUGGGAAUUGAACUUCCAGAAACAGAAUAUACAAAGCCGAUGAAAGCACUGCCAGUUAGUGGUGAUGGAAAGGUGCAUACAAAUAAAGCACUAAAGGAUGUGAUGUCUUUCAGAAGAGGAAAAGGUGACAUCAGCAACUUGAGACCACUUCUAGAAAAAAUGGAUAUCAAACUCACUGAAAAAGAAUUUGAACAGCUAAAUGAAAAUCUACCUGUUGAUGGUAAGAAAGUCAGUGUCAACAGCUUGAGUACUAUACUGGACAAUAUGGGAAUCAGGCUUACAGAUGAGGAGCUUAAGGAUCUGACUCAGAAUCUCCCUGUUGAUGUUGAUAAGAAGAUUUCUCUAGAAACAUUGAUGAAUAAAGUGAAAAAAUUUAAAGGAGAGAAGGUUGAUUCUAGUGACCUGAAAAGUAUCCUGGGAAACCUGGGGAUUGAGCUCACAGAUAAGGAAAAAGAGAAGCUACUGGAAACACUGACAGUUGACGAUGCUGGAAAAAUUCAUCUCAGUAGAUUGCUGAAGGGUGUGAAGUCUCUCCAAGGGGGGAAGGUUCAUAUAAAUAACCUGGACAAUACUCUAGAAAGAUUUGGAAUUGAGCUCACAGAAGAGGAACUUGCAAAGUUGUCAGAAGACCUACAAAUUGAUGCUAAUGGGAAAGUUGAUCUGAAAGAGGUGAUGGAUGGAGUAAAAGCCACUACAGGAGGGGAAGUUGAUGUCAGAGAUGUGAAAACCACUCUGAAAAACUUAGGAAUAGAGCUCACAGAUAAAGAAUACUCGAAACUGUUGAAAAAUCUGCCUUUCAAUGAUGAUAACAAGGUCUUUAAGAGCAGAUUGCUGAAAGGUGUGAAGUCUUUUAAAGCAAAUGGAAAUGUUGAUCUGCAUAAUGUGAUGGAAGAAAUGAAAGUCGUUACAGGAAAUGUUGACAUCAAAAACCUGGAAACUGUACUUGGCAGCAUGGGAAUCAAGAUCACUGAUGAGGAACUUAAAGAUCUGACACAAAACCUGCCAGUCAGUGUUGAUAAUAAAGUGUCCCUUAAAACCUUGAAGGAUGAAGUAAAAGCUUUUACAGGUAGGAAUUUAUUAUAA